AUGGCAUCAACCCAAUCCUACGGGGACCUUUCAAAGUCUAGUCGACUCAUCUACCGAACCCCAGAGAACUCCGAAGAGGACAUCGCAUUUUUCCACGGUCUUAUGAACGAGCCUAUAAUUCAAACACUGAGCACUGCGCGUCUCCCACGCCCGUGUCAAAAAAGUUCCGCAGGGGAGUUUAUCAAAGUACUUCAAGACGCCAUUUUAGGAGUGGUUAUAUGUCUCCCUCCUCAACCCUCCUCUGAAGCAGAACCAAACUCCUCAACUGAGACCGAAACCUUGGAUCGACCUGCUCAAAAUUCCAACCCAGUCCCAAUUGGCCACAUGAGCCUUUUCAGCGUCACUGGACCGAGCGGCACUCAUCAUCGCAAUGCGAUGAUAGGAAUCUCGCUUGCGGACGGGUUCCGGGGGAAGGGAUACGGUGGAGAAGCUAUCAACUGGGCAUUGGACUGGGCAUUUCAGCAUGCUGGACUGCACAGAGUCUCUAUUGGCACAUUUUCGUACAACCCGAAUGCCUUGAAGCUUUACAAGAAGCUUGGUUUUGUGGAGGAAGGUCGCGAGCGUGAGGCAUUGUACCAUCGCCGCGCUUGGCAUGAUGUUGUCAAUUUGUCUAUGCUGGAGCAUGAGUGGGAGGUUUUGAGGGGAAUAGCUCCAGGUCAAUCAGAUACCACUCCAGCUUUCCCUGCUGAAACACCCAAUCAAUGA